AUGUUCAAAGCUCAUUCUAUGCACACAGUAGACCUCACCAAAAUGGAACAUGCCAUGGAAACCAUGAUGUUCGUGUUUCAUAAGUAUGCUGAAAAUAAAGGCUACUUAGCAAAGGAGGACCUGAGAGUACUCAAGAAAAAGGAGUUCCCUAAACUUUUGGAAAAUCAAAAAGAACCUCUGACCAUAAACAAAAUAGUGAAGGACCUAGACGAGUGCCAAGACAGCAGUGUGGGCUUCCAGAGCUGCUUUAAGCUGUCAAGCUCACCGUCACAUGCAAUAACAUUUGUAAUUCACAUGAAGAAGGAAAGAAAGUAG